AUGGCUUUGUCCGGUCGGCUGGCGCGUCGUGCGCCCAACCUCCUUCGCCAAUGCCGCGUGGGAACUUCUCCCGUCUCUGCUCGCUGCUUCACCGCAAGCGCUGCGCAGCCCCUCCUCUCGCUGAGGAAGGGUCAGACGCCUAGGGUUGAGACCCAGCAGCUUCGCGCCUUCUCCAGGCUUGCCGCCCUCCGCUCCACCGCCGAGGCUCCCAACGCCCAGGCCUACCUGAACAGCGGUGCCAUUGCUGGCGCUAGGGACCUCGUGGACGUCAAGAAGGUGCUGGUUAUUGGCAGUGGUGGUCUCAGUAUUGGUCAAGCCGGAGAAUUCGAUUACUCUGGCUCCCAGGCCCUGAAGGCCCUGAAGGAGGCCGGCGUGAAGUCGGUCCUCAUUAACCCCAACAUUGCUACCAUCCAGACCUCCCAUGUGCUCGCAGACGAGAUCUACUACCUCCCCGUUACUCCCGAAUAUGUGACGUACGUCAUCGAGAAGGAGAGGCCCGACGGCAUCUUCCUCAGCUUCGGUGGCCAGACUGCUCUGAACUUGGGUGUCAAGUUGAACAAGAUGGGCGUCCUGGAGCGCUACAACGUCAAGGUGCUUGGUACCAGCAUCAAGACUCUGGAGACCAGUGAGGACCGUGACCUUUUUGCCAAGGCUCUCGGUGAGAUCAACAUUCCCAUUGCCGAGUCAAUCGCCGUCGGCACCAUCGACGAGGCUUUGGAUGCUGCGGAAAAGGUCGGAUACCCCAUCAUUGUCCGUGCUGCCUACGCUCUGGGUGGCCUGGGCUCUGGUUUUGCCAACAACAAGGAGGAGCUCAGGAACUUGGCUGCCAGGUCCUUGACCCUGUCUCCCCAGAUCCUGGUCGAGAAGUCGCUCAAGGGCUGGAAGGAGGCCGAGUAUGAGGUCGUCCGUGAUGCCAGCGACAACUGCAUCACUGUCUGCAACAUGGAGAACUUCGAUCCCCUUGGUGUCCACACUGGCGACAGCAUCGUCGUUUCCCCCAGUCAGACUUUCAGCGACGAGGAGUACCACAUGCUCCGCUCCGCUUCCAUCAAGAUCGUCCGUCACCUCGGCGUUGUUGGCGAGUGUAACGUGCAGUACGCUCUGCAGCCUGAUGGCCUCGACUACAGGGUCAUUGAGGUUAACGCUCGUCUCUCUCGUUCUUCUGCUCUCGCCUCGAAGGCCACUGGCUACCCUCUGGCCUACACCGCUGCUAAGAUUGGUCUUGGCCACACCCUGCCUGAGCUCCCCAACGCUGUUACCAAGACUACUACCGCCAACUUCGAGCCUUCGCUGGACUACAUUGUCACCAAGAUGCCCCGUUGGGAUUUGAGCAAGUUCCAGAACGUCAAGCGUGACAUUGGAAGCUCUAUGAAGUCUGUUGGUGAGGUCAUGGCUAUCGGUAGGACCUUCGAGGAGUCCUUCCAGAAGGCUUGUCGUCAGGUUGACCCCAAGUUUCUGGGUUUCCAGGGCGACAAGUUCGAGGACCUUGACGAUGCUCUCGCCAACCCCACGGAUAGGAGAUGGCUCGCCGUCGGACAGGCCAUGUUCCACGAGGGCUACAGCGUUGACAAGAUUCACGAGCUGAGCAAGAUUGACAAAUGGUUCUUGUACAAGCUGCAGAACAUUGUUGACUGCACCAAUGAGCUCAAGGAGAUUGGCAACCUCUCCGGUUUGAAGAAGGAGCUUGUCCAGAAGUCCAAGAAGCUUGGUUUCUCUGACAAGCAGAUUGCUCUUGCUGUCAACAGCACCGAGGACGAGGUUCGCGCACUCAGGAAGAGCUUCGGAAUCACUCCCUUCGUCAAGAAGAUUGAUACCCUUGCUGCCGAGUUCCCUGCUGACACCAACUACCUGUACACCACCUACAACGCCUCGACCCACGACGUCACCUUUGAUGACCAUGGUGUUGUCGUCCUUGGUAGCGGUGUCUACCGUAUUGGCAGCUCCGUCGAGUUCGAUUGGUCCGCUUGCAUGGCUACUCAGUCCCUGAGCAAGCUGGGUAAGAAGACAGUCAUGAUCAACUACAACCCGGAGACUAUGUCCACUGAUUACGAUAUCGCCGACCGACUGUACUUCGAAGAGCUCAGCUACGAGCGCGUCAUGGACAUUUACGACCUGGAAGCCGCGAGCGGCGUUGUGGUCUCCACGGGAGGUCAGCUCGCGCAGAACAUUGCGCUCAAGCUGCAGGAGGUUGGCAAGGCCAAUGUUCUCGGCACCGACCCCAACGACAUCGACAAGGCGGAGGACAGGCACAAGUUCUCGCAGAUCCUGGACUCCAUUGGAGUCGACCAACCCAAGUGGAAGGAGCUUACUUCGUUCGAGGAGGCCAAGCAGUUCGCCCAGAACGUCGGCUACCCCGUCCUCGUCCGCCCUAGCUAUGUCCUGUCUGGUGCUGCCAUGACUGUCAUUCGCACUGAAGGCGAGCUGGAAGAAAAGCUCACUGCCGCCAGCAACGUCUCUCCUGACCACCCCGUCGUCAUUACGCAAUACAUCGAGGGCGCCCAGGAGAUCGACGUUGAUGCGGUCGCCAGCAACGGCUCUGUUCUCGUCCACGCUGUCAGUGAGCACGUCGAGAAUGCUGGUGUUCACUCUGGCGACGCUACUCUGGUUCUUCCCCCUGUCAGCCUCGAGAAGUCGAUUCUUGACCGCUGCAAGGAGAUCGCGGACAAGGUGGCCAAGGCCUGGAACAUCACCGGUCCCUUCAACAUGCAGAUCAUCAAGGCCGAUGAUCCCGAAGGCGGCGAGGCUUCGCUCAAGGUCAUUGAGUGCAACCUCCGCGCUUCUCGUUCGUUCCCCUUCGUCAGCAAGGUCCUCGGUACCAACUUCAUUGAUGUCGCGAGCAAGGCUCUCCUUGCCACCGACGUUCCUGAGCCGGUUGACCUCAUGGCUGAGAAGCGUGACUACGUCGCUACCAAGGUGCCUCAGUUCUCGUGGACCCGUCUUGCCGGCGCUGAUCCCUACCUCGGCGUCGAGAUGGCCAGUACCGGCGAAAUGGCUUGCUUCGGCAAGGACUUGGUUGAGGCAUACUGGACUUCCGUUCAGUCUAUGAUGAACUUCCGCGUGCCCGAGCCUGGCGAGGGCCUCCUCUUUGGUGGUGACAUUACCAAGCCUGAGCUCACCCAGAUUGUUGACUACCUUGCCCCGCUGGGCUACAAGCUGUACGCCGCCAACAACGAGGUCAAGAACCACCUCGAGCAGACUUCCAAAGCCGAUGGCGUCUCGGUUGAGGUCAUUGAGUUCCCCAAGGAGGACAAGCGUGCCCUCCGUGAGGUCUUCGAGAAGUACGACAUCCGCGGUGUCUUCAAUCUGGCCAAGACCAGGGCCAGCAGCCUGGUUGACGAGGACUACGUCAUGCGUAGAAAUGCAGUCGACUUUGGUGUCCCGCUUUUCAUGGAGCCCAAGACCGCCCAGCUGUUUGCUCAGUGCUGCAGUGAGAAGCUUCCCCGCCAGGAGGGUAUCCCGAACGAAGUCAAGAAGUGGAGCGAGUUCAUCGGUGGCAAGCUUUUGUAG